AUGCCAGACAUUCGGUCCUUUUUUGGGCCAAAGGGAGGCGCACCGCCUAAGCCUCAAACGAAAAAGGUUGACGAACCUCCGAAGGGUCGAAGAAGCAGGAAAAUCAUUGAGGAUAGUGACGAUGAAGAUGAGCCUGCUCCUGCACCAAAAUCAGCACCAAAGGCUGCUAGGAAGACUACCAACGAUGCUGUAAAAGGCACUGAGACCACUGCAAGCGAUUACUUCUCUAAAUCCGCCAAGGCUCCCAAACCCGCGCCCGCAAUCAAGGCAGAUCAAACCACAAAGGUGAAAACUGAGCUUGAGGUUCGGACCAGCCCGCGCAACAAGAAGACGACUGCGAAACCAGCAGAGCCCCCCAAGGGUGGGAGCGCAGCUACCAAAAAGCGAAGCACCACAACAUACAUCAAACCCGAGUCGGACGACGAUGGCGAUGCCUACAAAGACGAUGGCGAUGACGGCGAUGACGACAUCUUCGCUGCUGACGUCAAAGGUCGAAAUAAGCGCAAGAACGACGACUAUGCCGAGGAUGAAAGUGACGACGAAUUGCUGCCGAAGCCAAAGCGUGUGGCUUCUCGGAGUGCUACCACUGCCACCCCAACCAAGAGCACCAGAGCCACAGCGGGUACGAAGAGGCGCAAGACACCCGAGCAGGACGAAGAAGAGUCUGAAGAACAGCCACCGAAGAAGAAAGCCCCGACCAAGCCGCGUGCCACCAGAGCGAAGAAAGCCGACGCGUCCGAAGAUGCUGCGUACCAAUCGAUCCUAGACGACAUUCCUACUGUUCGCCCCCCUACACCUCCGGCCAAGGACCCGGACACGAAGUUCGACUGGAGAAAGAAUGUCGGCUCUGGCGGAAAUAGUAGUGCAGUUCCUCCGAAUGCAGGCACGGCUGAAUUGCCUGAGGGCGAGGAUGAGUGCCUUUCGGGCCUGACAUUUGUCUUCACUGGUGUGCUUCAAACUCUCGGUCGUGAGGAAGGCCAGGCGCUAGUCAAGAAAUAUGGCGGCAAAGUAACUGGGGCGCCGAGUAGCAAGACGAGCUAUGUAGUUCUCGGAGAUGACGCGGGCCCCAGCAAAUUGAAAAAGAUCAGAGACAUGAAUAUCAAGACCAUCAACGAGGAGGGCCUUUUCGAACUAAUCAGACGACUGCCCGCCUAUGGCGGUAGCGGCAAAGGUGCUGAGAAGGCCAGAGAGAAAAAGAAAAAGGACGAAGAGGCUAUCAAGAUACAGGCCCUGGAAAUGGAGCGAGAAGAGAAGGCCAGGAAGGCCGCAGCAGAGAAAGCGGCCAAGGAAGCUGCUGUUGCGCGCGGGACCGCUGCGGCGCCAACCUCGACCACUACUCCGGUGCAGCUCUGGACCUCCAAGUAUGCGCCCACUCAACUGAACCACAUUUGCGGUAACAAGGCGCAGGUCGAGAAAAUUCAGGCUUGGCUCAAGAACUGGCAAAAGGCGAGGAAGUACGAUUUCCAAAGACGCGGUGCGGACGGCAUGGGUGGUACACGCGCUAUCAUCAUCUCGGGACCUCCAGGCAUCGGCAAGACGACUGCUGCACACUUGGCUGCCAAACUCGCGGGGUUUGAUGUCAUCGAGAGCAAUGCCAGUGACACCCGCAGCAAAAAGCUUGUCGAAAAUGGCGUCAGUGAUGUCAUGAACAACACGUCUCUUCUCGGUUUCUUUGCGGGAGAUGGCAAGAAGGUGGAUGGAGAAAAGAAGAACAUCGUCCUCAUCAUGGAUGAAGUCGACGGAAUGUCAGCAGGAGAUCGUGGCGGUGUUGGUGCACUGGCCAAGUUUUGCAAGAAGACCGAAAUACCCCUCAUCCUCGUCUGCAAUGAGCGGAAGUUGCCAAAGAUGAAGCCUUUCGACUUUGUGGCUAUGGACGUUCCUUUCCGACGGCCAACGGUAGAGCAGGUCCGGUCCCGUAUUAUGACCAUCUGCCACCGCGAAGGGCUGAAGCUUCCUGUACCCGUUGUUGAUGCUCUAAUCGAAGGCAGCAACAAGGAUAUCCGACAGAUUAUCAACAUGAUCUCUACCGCCAAGCUUGAUCAAGCGUCGAUGAGUUACGACAAGGGCAAAGCCAUGACGAAAGCCUGGGAGAAGCAUGUCAUUCUCAAACCGUGGGAUAUUUGUCAAAAGAUGCUCGCUGGCGGCCUGUUCGCUCCAUCAAGCAAAACCACCUUGAACGAAAAGAUCGAGCUCUAUUUCAAUGACCACGAGUUCAGCUACCUCAUGAUUCAGGAGAACUAUCUCAGGACGAAGCCUAUGGCACUUAAUAACAGAGGUUACAACAAACGGGAAGAGAACCUCAAAUACUUGGAAUUGGUGGACCAAGCGGCCGAGAGUAUCAGCGAUGGCGACCUGGUCGACCGCAUGAUUCACGGGCCUCAGCAGCAAUGGAGUCUGAUGCCUACGCAUGCAGUCUUCAGUACAGUCCGCCCCUCAAGUUUCGUGGCCGGUCAACUCAUGGGUUCCAACUUCACUUCAUGGCUCGGCAACAACAGCAAGACCGGCAAGCUUGGCCGGUAUGUCCGUGAGCUGCAUUCUCACAUGAGACUUAGGUCUUCAGGUGAUGCCAACGAGAUUCGCCAGCAGUAUUUGCCUGUACUCUGGGACCAGACAGUUCGCCGCUUGUCUGUCGAAGGCAAGGAUUCUGUCGACGAGAUCAUUGCGCUGAUGGAUAGCUACUAUCUGACACGAGACGACUUCGAUGCGAUUCAAGAGCUUGGCGUCGGCCCGCAAGCUGAGGGUCGGGCUGAAAUUGAGUCGAAGACAAAAGCGGCAUUUACGCGGACUUACAAUGCUAUGUCCCAUCCUAUCCCCUUCAUGAAGGCCAGCAAUGUUAUGGAGCCAAAGAAGGCUGCGAAGCAGGCUCCGGACCUUGAAGAAGCCAUCGAAGAAGAAGAUGACGCUGAUGUCAUUGAGCCUGCCGAGCCAGUCGAGGAUGACCAGCUCGACUUGAAGGGAGAUAAAUACAUCAAGCAACCGAAGCCCAAAGCCAAGAGGGCUCCCAAGAAAGCCAAGGGAGACGAUGAUGAGGGCGAUGCUGAUUCCAAGCCGAAAAAAGGCAAGGGAAGGGGCAAGAAGUAA